UUCCAGCUGCGCUCCGCGGUGUUAGUACUCGGUAGUUAGCGUUAGCAUGGCUGCUAGCUACCAAACACAACAGCAAAAAAAGUAACUUAAGUGUCUAAAACGCGGCCAGUAAGCCGUGACAGGCUGAAUUAUCGCUUAUGUGACGAAUUAUAAGACAUUAUCAGACCAAGAAAUCAUCUGUUCAUCUGUUGCUAAGAACAAAGCUUCAUGGACUGCUGUGUUAAACAAAUGGACUUGAAAUCAACAUUAAAUCAGAAUCACAGGACAAGAUUGCAGAUCUUGUAAAACACUUUCAAAAUGUCUUGUGAAUCUUUCUGGCCAGGCAAAAACAUGUUUCGCAGUUGAUGGCUGCCCUCGUUGGAGUGGGAUGUUAACACUGGCCACAGGACCAACAGCUAAUGACCAAUUUCUUCUUAAAACAUUUAUUUAAAACCUUCUACCAGUAAUGUCUACGGACGGAGGAGACCGUGGGAAAGAACGAGAGCGAGGGGCACGUCCCAAGGCACGACAGAGUCGCUCGGAAGAGCGUCAGGAUGGAGGGAGACGUAAAGGAGGCAGGGGGAAAAGAAAAGGCCACCUGGCCCAUGAGCCGGCAUCCGAGCGUCCGGUUAGCGAUGGCUUUGAAUACGGCGAUCUCCUAAACAGAUUUGAAUCUGGCAGUGGAAGCUCAUCUUCUCCUGUACGUGAACGCCGGUGGCGGCAGGUCCUUGGCUCGUCCAGUUCCUUGCUGUCCGAAAGAGCCUCCGCCAAACCAGCUUUAUCCAAUUCAUUCAGUGCGGACCAGUCGGUUGCUGACACGGGUAGCAAAUCUUCCGGAGGCAGCCGCACCCUCAGGCAGAAGAUACAAGAUGCUGUAGGGCAGUGUUUUCCCAUCAAGUCUCAUAGUGGAGCUUCUGCAACUGGCCUCUCUGCAUCUCCUUCUACAUCCUCAUCCCGGAGGAAGAUCCACUUAAGUGAACUGAUGCUGGACAGUUGCCCAUUCCCUGCUGGCUCGGACCUUGCCCAGAAGUGGUACCUCAUCAAACAACACACGGCACCCAUUUCUCAGCCACCUGUACUGGAUUCCCUUGCUGGUGGACCAACUGCAUCUUCCUCGUCCACCAGCCUUGUUGCUGUGGCUGGUGCUGUGGCUGGUGCUGCAGCUUUGGUUGAAGACGAGGACGACCGCCUUCGGGAAAGAAGAAGAAUAAGUAUUGAGCAAGGUGUCGAACCACCGCCCAAUGCCCAGAUCCAUACAUUUGAGGUGACCGCUCAAAUCAACCCACUUUACAAGCUGGGGCCCAAGUUGGCGCACGGGAUGAACGAGUUGUCGGGCGACGAUCGUGCCACCCUUCAACAGCAGCAGAUGCUGCAAAGGCAGCAACAGCAACACCAGCUCCUCCUGCAAAGCUGUUUAGACACUCUUGACGAGGUUGCUGCUGCUUCAGCAUCUCCCGUCGCCUCAUUCUCCGCUGAGUCCCACCCAGAUUCAGACUCGUCAUCCUCACCAUCUCCACAUUCCAUCGCAAGAGGGUCCCUGCCUGAAACAGAUCUCCCCAAGUCUCAGGAUGCUCAACAUCGCAUCCACACCCAGAUCGACUAUAUCCACUGCCUGGUGCCUGAUCUGCUGGAGAUCACCAACCUGCCGUGCUACUGGGGCGUAAUGGACCGCUAUGAGGCCGAGACUCUCCUAGAGGGUAAACCCGAAGGCACCUUCCUUCUGCGGGACUCGGCCCAGGAGGACUACCUGUUCUCCGUCAGCUUCAGACGCUACGGCCGCUCUCUGCAUGCCCGCAUCGAACAGUGGAACCACAACUUCAGCUUCGAUGUGCACGAUCCAAGUGUGUUCCAUGCGCCCACCGUCACGGGGCUCCUAGAACACUAUAAGGACCCCAACUCCUGCAUGUUCUUCGAGCCACUGCUGUCCAACCCCAUUCACCGCACACAGCCAUUUAGCCUGCAGCAUGUCUGCCGUGCUGUGAUCAGCAGCUGCACCACCUACGAUGGCAUCAGCGCCUUACCCAUCCCUAAUGCUCUCAAGGAGCACCUAAAGGAGUACCACUAUAAGCAGAGGGUCCGUGUUCGCAGGCUUGACACGUGGUGGGAAUGAAGGAUGGCACUGUGCAGUAGAUGCACACUGACCUUGUGCAUCUAGCUUGUGACAGCAGACCCAGUCAUCCUGGUCAUCAACACUUGCGAUUGGAUUUUGAAUGUUCAGGGAAAAUGAAUAAACUGAUGAGUACUAGGGCUAGAAUAUUCUUGAGAACUUACAGCAGUGCACUAACACCCAGUGUUUUCAUUUGUUGGUGCAUGACAGGCCAGUGCUGUGUGUGCCUUUGUGCUGUCGCCACGUACUUUUGUGGCAGGAAUGAAAACCGAAGUGCCACUUCUGUUACAGGAAAGAUUUCACUUUAAAAUAUUUUAGCUCACUUUGGGCCUCAGGUUCAAACUUCUGCGCCAAGUCAAUGUGUUGUCUGCACUGUAACCUGCGCCUCUACUGUAUAUUGCCAAAAGUAUCCACUCAUCUACAUUGCGUUCAGCCAAGGAAACCCAUUCCAUGAGUCUCUUGACACUCUACUUUUCUCAAGCUAAUCUGAAGCUACAUAAAGUUUGCAGAAAGUUGGUUCCUCUGUGUUCUAUGCUCCUCAGCAUCCGCUGACCCCGCUCUGUUAUUUUACACUGACAGAGUGAGUUGCUGUCGUUCCCAGUCUCUUCCACUGUGUUAUAAUAUCACUGACAGUUGGCUGUGGAAUAUUUAGUAGUGAGGAAUUUUCACGACUGGAUUUGUACAGGUGCUGCAUCCUAUCACUGUACCACACUAGAGUUCACUGAUCUCCUGAGAGCGACCCAUUCUUUCUCUAAUGUUUGUAGAAGCAGUCUGCGUGACUAAGUGCUUGUUUUUAUACACCUGUGACCAUGGAAGUGAUUGGAGUUUAAUGAUUUGGAUGGGUGAAUGAAUACUUUUGGCAAUAUAAGUGUACUUCUGUGUUCUUGUGUCCACAACUCUGCAUACUCUUCAGGCUAUAACGUAGGUCUGACGCAGAAGUAUAAACUGGCCUUGAGUUCCAUUCAGGUUGUUUUAGCAUUGUUGACACACAGCCACAGAUUGUGUACUUUCUCAGUACCCCUUCUUCAUAAAGAAGUAUCAUCCCUACUGUUUAAGAUUUCUCCAACACAAAUGCAUCUAUUUAAUUUACUAACCCAACCCACCAGUAAACCUACAUGUUAUCAGAUAUUUAUAUUAGGAUGGGAUGGUGUUGAUAUGAUAAGAAAACCCCUUAUUAUUGGCUUCAGAAAAUUAUGUCAUUAGUGUACACCCCUCUUUGAACUACUGUAGGAAAGACAGGCAUUAAAAACAGUUCAUUCA